AGCGUUGGCCAAUUAGCGAGAAGAAAGAUGCUUGGAGGCGGGAACUUGUCCCUCACUGCAACGCGAGCGAGCAGAUCCUGUGACCGGUUUCGUUGCGGCUUUGGUUUUGAAAAUUGUGGGUGCCCUGAAUCGGUGAAUUACGCGUGGACCAUGCCUAUACAAUCCUUCUCCUUUCCUUUGCCUGAGACCAGGUUCUUCCAGGCUGGACAACAUGUCUACAAGUUCAAGAUCAGGGGAGGCAAUAACUGCAGUGAAGUGAAGGUGAUGGGAGAAGAGUUUGUCAAUCGGGAGUUGGAGAAUACCAUCAGAGCGGUACUAGCCAACCUGGACUGUCUCCAGCCGUUCACUACCCCACACUUCACUGUCUACCCUUACAAGAGUAAGUGGAAGAGAGUGUCCAAGUUUAAAUUUGAGAAGAUGUCAGGAGAGAAGCUGUCUGCUUACCCUUACCUAGUCACUGUGUACCUAGAGAACAACACACACACUGAGAUGUGUGUGGAAGAGUGCUGGACACCAGUGAGAGCAGGAGAAGGCAUCCCCCUCCUUCCUGCCGGUGGUCAUGAGUGCCAGGCCAAGUGCAGUAAGACAGGACCACCACACUGGGGCACCCUAACACCACAACAAAGAGACUGUCUCAUCAUGCAGGGACCACAGUCACACAUAUAUCAGUGGUGUGUUUGUGUGUUAAACGUACUGGAAGAAGGGAACAGCAGAGAGAGGAGUGAAAGCGGACACAACACCGCUCCUGGCUACAUUCUCCUUCCCUCGUUCUGUCUUUCUGUUUUUAACCUCUCCCUUCUCUCUCCCAGUGAACUUCUCAGACCAGGGGACACGGAGGCAAAGAAUGGUGAUGGCAAGGCAGACUGUGUGGUAUCAGAUAGCCAGACCCCACAGAGUACAGUCGGGGCUCUGUGACCUGUGGCAGUGAGACCAUGGAGGUCAACGGGGGUAACAGAGAGGAAGAGGUGCAUCCUGGAGCGGUAGAGGAGGGCGAGCCGGAGGACCCUGACCUGGACCCCAAGUCUCUUGUGAGGCCAGGUUUGCUGGCCCGCCUUGUCAGUCAGGUGUUUCCAUUCUCCAUGUUCUUCAGAGAAAGCUAAGAUGCUCAGGAACAACGGCUUCUGUAACCUUCUCUGUUGUGAUCUGAAUGUUAAAGUUCUGUUUUAGUUUCAGGCCCAAAUGGUUACCUAUUCCGUAUAUAGUGCCCUACUUAUAAUGAUUGAUGUUAGUUCAUAGUGGAAGGCCCAAAUGGUUACCUAUUCCGUAUAUAGUGCCCUACUUAUAAUGAUUGAUGUUAGUUCAUAGUGGAAGGUUUUGGAGUUUGGUUUUGAUACAUUUUGUAAUAAAUGUUCUGAUUCUAACUAGUUGGUAUGUGUUAUACUUAAACUGU